AUGUCCAGCGGUUACGGAGUGAGAACAAAGAACGGAAGAUGCUAUGGUCUAUGGAUGGACUAUAGAAGCUGUAUGUACCAUACCGAUCAACCAAAGAAUUGUAGCCCAAAUUUGGAGGAUUUUGUGGAGUGUUUGCAUCACUACAAAGAGUCUGAAUGGCACAAGAAAGUAGAAAGAAAGAUUUAUGAAAAGAGAGACGAGAACCAAAGUCUUUUUAAGAAAGAAUCAAAAAAACCCGAGACUUCAAGUCAUCAUUAA